AUGGGAGACCCAAUCCAGUUAAAAGAGGAGGGAAACAAACACUUUCAGGCAGGCGAUAUUGACAAGGCCAUUGAGUGCUACACUAAAGCCAUCAAGGUGUGCCAGGACAAAAAGGUGCUGGCUGUGAUUUACAGGAACAGAUCUGCAUGCUACCUAAAAAAGGAAAACUAUGUUAAUGCAGCAUCUGAUGCAACUAAAGCGAUUGAUGUUGAUGCAAAAGACAUAAAAGCUUUGUACCGGCGCUGCCAAGCUCUGGAAAAGCUGGGAAAACUGGAUAUGGCUUUCAAAGAUGUGCAGAGGUGUGCCACGCUCGAGCCAAAGAACAAAGCCUUCCUGGAGACACUCCGCAGACUGGGAGCAGAAAUCCAGUCCAAGCUGAAAACUACAUUUUCCACAGAUUCGAGGGUACAAAACAUGUUUGACAUUCUCUUCCAUGCCCAUGUCACUGGAUGUAUGAUUUGCUUCCCAUUUUCCUUACAAAACCCUUUACACUUACUGCAACAGGCAAUGGCCAUCAUUCAGAUGGUGGGUGUUGAUAAAAUGUGCAGCAUCAUGGCUGUUGACAAUGAGGAGAUUGCACUGGCAGCCUGCAACCUCUUCCAGUGCAUCAAUGAUUCCCUCACUGGUGGAGAUACACGAGAAUAUGGGAAAGAAGCAGACCUUGUUAUGGAUCCAUCUAAAGACUUGAAAACUAUUCUUCUUUCUCUGCUGGAGAUGGUUGCCAGUAAAAAGGUGUCUGGCCAUGGCAGAGACCAGGCAUUAAACCUCCUGAGCAAGAAUGUACCUCGCAAAGAGAAGAAGGAGAUGGAUCAUUCCAAAAGCCUUUUCACUAUUGACCAUGGUUUGAAAAAGAUCCUCAAGGUUUGUGGCCAGGUUCCUGAGCUGCCAGACCAGUUGCCCUUGACAGAGAAUACACAGCUGAUUGCUAGCGUGCUCCUCAACAAGCUCUACGACGACCUUAAGUGUGACCCAGAGAGAAACAACUUCAGGGACAUUUGUGACGAAUAUAUCAAAUCCAAAAUAGACCCCAAAGACAUGGACAAGACCAUUCAUGCCAUCAACUGCAUCUCAGGGCUGCUGCAGGGACCGUUCGAUGUCGGUAAUGCUUUAGUUGGUCGGCAAGGCAUCAUGGAGAUGAUGGUGGCACUGUGCGGCUCAGAACGCGAGGUGGACCAGAUGGUUGCGGUGGAGGCCCUGAUCCACGCCUCCUCAAAGAUGAGCCGUGCCAGCUUCAUUAUUACGAAUGGUGUCUCACUGCUCAAGGAUAUCUACAAGAAGACCAAGAAUGAGAAAAUUAAAAUACGUGCGCUGGUGGGUCUCUGUAAACUCGGUUCAGCAGGAGGCGAUGAUUACAGUUUAAGGCAAUUUGCUGAGGGCUCCACAGAGAAGCUGGCCAAGCAGUGCAGAAAGUGGCUCUGCAAUCCCCAGAUUGAUACCAAAACCAGGAAAUGGGCUAUAGAGGGUCUUGCAUAUCUGACUAAUGAUGCUGAUGUAAAAGAUGACUUUGUGGAUGAUGAGCCUGCCAUGCAAGCCAUGUUUGAACUGGCUAAGUCCAGGGAUAAGACGAUCCUAUAUGCAGUUGCUUGCAUCCUGGUUAACUGCACUAACUCCUAUGAAAAGAAAGAAAUUCUCCCUGAGCUGGUUCAGCUGGCCAAGUUUUCAAAACAGCAUGUGCCUGAGCAACACCCCAAAGUAAGAGAAGAAUGUAAAAAUGGCAAUGAUAAGCUGAAGUUGCUGGUGUUGCUCUGCGGCGAAGAUGACGACAAACUUCAGAUAGCUGCAGCUGGAGCUCUGGCCAUGAUCACAGCUGCUCAGAAAAAGCUGUGCACCAAAAUGACUCUGGUGACUUCCCAGUGGCUUGAGAUCCUGCAGAGGUUAUGCCUUCACAGCAAUGUUCAGGUUCAACACCGCGGUCUUGUCAUUGUUUACAACAUGCUCAACUCAGACAACAGUGACCUGGCUAAGAAACUGAUAGAGAGCGAGUUACUGGAAAUCCUUUCAGUGGUUGGCAGAGCUGAGGACAAUCCGAAGAGGCAGGAGGCCAUUGAUGCAGCACGCACAUGUUUGGUCAAAGCUAUGGAUCUUGGUCUCAUCAAACCCUUCGCCAGCCCUUCUUAAAGAAAAAGAUCAAAGAUCAAAGGACAUUCUUCAUUUUUCCCCUCUGUUAAUCAGAGACCCCCCCCAAAUAACUGUUUUUUCGCAUAAGUGAUUUUAGGAGUCAUCACCCUGACUCCCCAUCUCUAAAUAUAACCCCUCACACUGUGAAGCAGGGAUUAUUUUUAUAUACAGAAAGGGGUUGCGUGAUAUAGGAAUCAGAUAUGGGGUGGGGGUUUCCAGCGAUUGGUUCUGAUAAAGCUGUAACUGUGUCUAAAUGUUUAAAGACAGAUGCAUUUACAUGUGUUUAUAUUUUGCCAUUUGUGUGGUUGAUGAGCCAUAAUACACCAUUUAAAUAACA